ACUUCAGAGAAUUUUAAACUUAAUAACGGAAUAUUUGAAGAUGAACCAGCUAAUUUUAUUAGACUUUAAGUAUUUUCUAUUUACUCUGUUUAUYUUUAUAAACAUUGCUAAAAUUGGCUGUGUGCCACGGCCUCAGGAGCUGCAGAAACCACAUUUCCAGGUAGAACACAAGRCAGGAAUUCUCGAUAUUACAGCAACAAAAGACAAGGCGACAGUAGAUGUCAAAUCAGACACCAUUCGCCUGGUGGUGAAGCCAGGGGACAGAGAAAUGCCUGAAGCUGAUAUACCAGAUACCAAAGUAAUCAAUGUAGCAUCGAAUGCCUAUGCUCCCUCCUGGCAGAAAAAAGCUAAAAUAAUUAACUAAUUAAACACAGCAAUAUUUUUAUUUUUAUUUUCUACUUUAGUUAAAUCACAAAUUUUAAUUCAACUCCUGAGGUUUGGAAUUAAACUCGGUGUCCAAAGUAACAAGCAUAAAUAAUAGUAUACCAAUGCCUGUUGCCGUAAGACGUUGAAACCUAGAACUUUUUGAUCGUUUUAUGAUAGCUCAGUACGUUACAUGACAGUUGUAAAUGCCUCGGUCUUCACACAUCCUGCAGUACUGUGGACAAAAUACAAAGUUAGUACACGUA